AUUGCAGGCGUUAUGGAUUCACUAAGAGCAUCAAGAAGCUUCCACGUCUAUUUCUUUUUUAGCUACAAUACAUUUCAUAUUCAGUGAUCCCCUUUAUGAAAUCAACUCAAGUUUGAGGAAUAGACUAAUUUGAGGCAUGGUGAAUAAUUUAAUCCGAUAUCCAGAUUAUGCACUUUGAAAUAUGUGCAGUAUUUAUAAUUCAGAUGAUCUCAGGCAGCAUGUCCCUUUGUGUAUGUAACAGUAGAACUGGAACCUCAUGGGGGUAUAACAUACUGGUUAUAAAAUAAUGAACACUGUGGUCCCCUAGAAGUCAUUGCAGAAUCAGGUGUGCAUGAUGUACAUGUAUAUACAUGAUGAAGUAAAUACUAAGUUGCAUCUCUAACCAGGAAUACGAUAGUGGUUUAUUUGCAGUACGGUUAUUACUUCUUAUUACCUGUUAUUACUGCUUACUAGUACUUCUACUGGUUGUUGUCUGUAUGGUUAGAAAGUACCAUACAAACUAUUGUAACCUCCUAGCUAUAUUCCCUUAGUGAUCAAAUCAAAUUACAUUUAUUUAUAAAGCCCUUUUUACAUCAGCAGAUGUCAUAAAGUGCUUAUACAGAAACCCAGCCUAUAAACCUAAACCACAAGCAAUGCUGAUGUACAAGCAUGGUGGCUAGGAAAAACUCCCUAGAAAGGCAGGAGCCUAGGAGGAAACCUAGAGACGAACCAGGCUCUGAUAUCUCGGGAGUCUGUUUUUGGUCCACGUUUUCUCUGUGUGGAGGCUGGCUGGGGGGCGUGAGUAAGGCUGUUAUCAGGCCCAGCAGUGCUGAACCGACCAGGGGCCACCCCUGGGUGGGAAAGGGCAGGGCUGGGUGCCCAUGGCAGGCUGUCUCCUCCAGUGUAGAUAACUUUGUUCUGGGCUCAGAGAGAUGACAUCAUGAAGGAUGGCAAUGAAGAUGUCGGUGCAGAGAUGGGAAGUGUUAUCUGCUGCCCUUCACUAACAAUGCCAUCUAGUGGGGACACACACACACACACACACACACACACACACACACACACACACACACACACACACACACACACACACACACACACACACACACACACACACACACACACACACACACACACACACACACACACACACACACACACACACACUAGGCCUUACAUAAUAUUUACGAUUGGUGCUCCAGGCCAGAACUCAUGGUGAACUGCAGAUCCAUUUUCUCCCAGAUGUUGUCAAUGAAAAGUUAUUCCAUAAGACAAUUCCAAGAGCUGUUUACCCAGUGUCAUUCUGCCAAAUUAAGAUAUCUAAUAAUAUUGGAUGAAUGAUACUGCAACACUCAUGAAGGUGUUAUGACGGGUUUUUAUAAAGAUGUUAGGAAUGCCCCAUUUUGAAGUCAAAUAUUACUCAGAGAUUUAGUGAUCUCUUAUCUCCUGUGCCGACUCAUCCAGAGAUUUAGUGAUCUCUUAUCUCCUGUGCCGACUCAUCCAGAGAUUUAGUGAUCUCUUAUCUCCUGUGCCGACUCAUCCAGAGAUUUAGCGAUCUCUUAUCUCUUGUGCCGACUCAUCCAGAGAUUUAGCGAUCUCUUAUCUCCUGUGCCGACUCAUCCAGAGAUUUAGUGAUCUCUUAUCUCCUGUGCCGACUCAUCCAGAGAUUUAGUGAUCUCUUAUCUCCUGUGCCGACUCAUCCAGUGAGGCUACCUCUGUCAGACAUGGUCUGUGUUGGGAGCCAGGGGGGGUGGUGGUGGUGUGUGUAUUUAGGGUGGGAGGUGUUUAAAAAGCAGACACAGUGGCACAACUUAGCCAUGUCAUAUAGAAGUGAGGGACUGCACACUAUAGGCGUGUAUCUACUCACGAAAACAAAAGCCUCUUAGACUUGAAGAAAUAUUGGAGCUACAUUUAAACCACUCUCAAGAAAGAUUUCAUUUCAUCUGGACUUUUCACUCUACAGGAUGUGUCGCAUCAUCAACUUCCUGCUGGCUCUGCUGAGCCGUUUCCUGUUUGCUGUGCAUGGGGUGGUGACCGUGUGGCGUGUGGUCGCCGUCAAAGGGGAGCCCCCUCUAUUGGCUGCUGCUGAUGGGCGUGGCUCUGCUGGGGGUGGAGAUGGCAGUCACCAUCAAGUGUACCCGCAAUGCAGAGUGGAAAUGGUUCUCCCCCAUGGUUUUCCUCUACCUCAGUACCGUCAUCCCCUCCAUUUGGUUCCUGGAGCUCAGCCUGCUGCAGUACAAGCUCCCUGUCAACAUCUCCUCUGGACCCGAGCUAGAAGAGCUGCUGGCUCACAUCCCCAUCUCAGCAGACAUCUUGCAGCUGGACCCAGAGAACUGGGCGGCAGGGCUGGAGCAGACCAUGCUCAUCGUACUGGUGCUGGGCCGCUGGCUUAUGCCCAAAGGAGACAUGUCCCGCGACCAGCUCUCCCAGCUCCUCAUGGUCUACGUGGGCCUGGGCGCUGACAUCCUGGACAUCUUUGACACCUUCAAGGAGCCCGAGGUCAAGACCAACCGGGCCGUUAUCAUUAUGGGCCUUGCCCUCUUUUCCUGGGCCCUCAUGCAGUUCCCCUUGGUUCUGACCCAGACCAGUCCCCCCAAGGCCCAUCUCCAGCCCUGUUUGUCCCAGCCCGGCUUCCCUCAGGAGGGAAGCGUGGCUGUAGUGGAGGGACUGCCUGGAGCUCCCCCCUCCUGCUAUACACCGUGCUGCUCCAGUGAAGUGUGGAGUCUGCUGUUGACUGUGGGGCUCCAGGACGGGCCAUUCCUCAUCUACCGCCUCUACCUCAUGAUCAGGGAGAACGUUCUCAACCAGCUAAUGAUCUUCUUCACCUGUAAAAACAUCCUUGUCGUCCUGCUGGAGUUCUACAGGAUCUUUGUGGUGCAGUGUGAGCAGCAGGUGGAGGGCUGCCUAGGGGGGCUGGAGAGGUGUGCAAUGCCCUGGUGCCAACAAGCCCAGGAGGAGGAGGUGGAGGGAAGACGACAGGAUAAGAUCAAGGGACCCCACCUGGCAUUCCACCUGGACGGAUACCUGGGAGACUGGGAUGCAGAUGGUGAAAAUCGGCAAUGA